UUUCCUUCUGUGAGCAAAACAUCAGCAAAGCCAAAUUCAGCUAAACAAAACACAGCAUCAACAAAUGGAGAAGAAAGUUGUCAUCGUCGGAGGUGGUUUUGCCGGUGCUGUCCUUGCUAAAACUCUUCAAAAUCAUGCCAACGUCACUCUUAUUGAUCCGAAGGAAUAUUUUGAGAUUCCAUGGGCGGCUUUGAGGGCCCUGGUCGAUCCAUCUUUUCCAGAGAGGAUAGUGAUCAACCAUAGAGAUUACUUCAAGAAAGGCAACCUUGUUACAUCCGGUGCCGUCAAUAUAACAGAAACUGAAGUCCUCACUGAAGAUGGUUCUCAGAUUCACUAUGACUUUCUUGUUAUUGCCACUGGCCAUAAAGAACCUCUUCCAAAAACUAGGACUGAAAGACUCGACAAUUAUAAAGCGGAACAUGAAAAGAUAAAAUCAGCAAGUUCAAUUCUGAUAGUCGGAGGGGGACCUACUGGUGUUGAACUUGCUGCGGAGAUUGCUGUUGAUUUCCCCGAGAAGAAGGUCACUCUAGUGCACAGAGGAACAAGGUUGCUGGAAUUCGUUGGGCCUAAGGCUUCCGGGAAAGCCUUGAAGUGGUUGAAGUCAAAGAAAGUUGAAGUGAAGCUAGAGCAAUCAGUCAAUUUGGAGUCGGUUUCUAAUAGUGCAUACCAAACAUCCGGUGGAGAAACUAUCGAAGCAGAUGUUCAUUUUCUUUGCACAGGGCAACCACUUGGCUCAGCAUGGCUCAGAGAAACUAUGUUAAGGGGUCACUUGGAUGCUGGGGGAAGGAUCCAGGUUGAUCAGAAUUUACGGGUCAAGGGCCGAAGCAACAUUUUUGCAAUAGGAGAUAUUACAGAUGUUCUGGAACUAAAACAAGGGGUGAAUGCAGGAGAGCAUGCUCAAGUGGUCGCAAAGAAUUUAAGGGCAUUGACAGGGGAAGGAAAAGAAAAAAAACUAGGAGAAUAUAAGGCACGGCCUGCUAUAGCAUUUGUUUCACUUGGAAGGAAACAGGCGCUUGCACAUUUCCCUUUCAUAACAUUGCUUGGGAGAUUCCCGGGCCUCAUCAAGUCUGGUGAUUUGUUUGUGGGGAAAACAAGAAAGGAUUUGGGGUUGGAACCUAAAUAGGUUGAUAUUUGUGAGUGGUGUGUUGUGUACAGAUUUGCUUAAACUCUUUGCUCAAUGUCAUGUCCCCAGGUCGAUUAUUUCGUUCACUCUCAGUUUGUCUUCAACAAAAAAAGAAACGCUGUCUAUAAUGUUUCUUUUAAGAUUUUGAAUAUUACAAGUGCUGUUAAUUAAGA